AUGUCGGAUUCACCCGCAUCAAGUGCGAACACCGAAGAGCAACGUAGGGGUGACUCACCCUUUGGACGUUUGCACCAGAAGCAGUCGCCAGCUGCGAACGCAAUUGAUGAAGGCGAAAAUCGCAAUUUCCGGAAGAAAACGAAAGCAAUGCCUCAAUGCGAUUUGGAAGUCGUCAAGGAUGAUGGGCUCCCUGCGAUACAGGCAUUUCCUUCUAACGCUCCAAGAAAUCUAACGGGAUUAAACCUACGAGGAAGUAAAAAAGCAAAAUGCAUCGACUCAGGAAUAAAUGGAAACCAACGCAUUAAUCGUAUUUUCCAAAUUACUAAAAAAGGAGUUAGGCAAGAGCCUCAACGACGAUCUGGCGUCACGAAAAAGCGUUCCUUGGACGAAAUAUCCGAAUGGAGCAUGGAGAAAGAGAAUAAAAACGUUAUAGAAAAGGCGAACUCGAAAUGCCUCGAGGGAAUUCGAAUGUUGAUGGAAAGGCAGACUCUUUCGGUAGUGGAAAGAAAUGCCUCCCGGACUCUCAUUAAGCCGACCAGAGCGAAGAAGGUCAUAACGAUUCCUAAAGGCACUAGACUCGCCUUCUCUAUUUAUAAUGGCACCUGGAUACACAAAUACCCGUUAAUUGUCGAUCGCCUGCACAUUAAUCCCCUUCUUGAAUACAAGGCUACAGAUCGCGGAGAAUUUCCUCUAUUCUAUAAGCGAAUUCUUCAUUACCUCUUAAUUCGUGAUGCACAACUAUCUUUGGACUUUGAACCCAACUGCCUUGUUCGAAGUGGCCUCAGCACCAACCUCCGCGGCAUCCUCUUCGAUUGGAUGAUUAAGGUGCAGCAGUACUUGCAGAUGAGGACGGAGUCAUUGCACUUGGCCGCAUCUUUUGUGGAUCAGUUUAUAUGGCACUUGAAAAUAGCGAAAGAAGACUACCAACUCGUGGCUAUAACAGCUCUCUUUCUCGCCGCAAAGGUCAAUGAACGCGUUCCUGUGUCAUUGAAAACACUUUGCUACCUCACGGAACACUCCUUCGAACCAGACCAGGUCCUCGAACUCGAAAUUACCAUGCUGAGAGUUCUGAACUUCAAAAUGAAUCCCACAAUUCCACACACAUUUUUAUCUUUUGCACUCAUGGCGUGCAAUGAUCUCUGCGACGCAAGCAUAGAUAAGAUUCGACUGAUGUGCCUGUAUCUGUUCGACCUUUGCCUUCCUGAGUUUGCACUUUGUCAGUUCUCCUCAAGUCUGCGCUGCGCUGCUGCUGUGUACCUCUCUCGUCGACUAAUACUCUCCAGCGCAUACCCAUCGCGCUCCAUCGACUCCUCUCAGUCUUCGUCCCCCACUAGCUGCGUGUCCACAGCCGCAGCUCCCGAUCUCUGGACGCCCAAGUUGGCUGCAUUCACGGGCCAUCAUGUCUCGAAAAGCCUUAAAAGGGUUUCCUUGAUCUACGCCUCGAUGCUGGCCAAAAUGCAGCUACUGCUCGCUGCUCCUGACGUGAACGAGUCGACAGACGGAAAGGACGAGUGGACAUUUGAUGCUGCCCUAUUGAAAUACAGCAGUAGGAAAUACGGGAAGGUGGCCCAAUGCUCCCUCUUCUCUAACUUCAAUUAUUCUCAACUGCUUGAGGAAUGGACCUUAACAUUUCCAUCGCCGCCAUAA